AUGGCGACCACCAUCAGCACUCAGCGGGGACAGGUGUACAUUGGGGAGCUCCCCCUGGACUUCCUGCGGAUCACUCCCACCCAGCAGCAGCAGCAGGUCCAGCUGGACGCCCAGGCAGCCAGGCAGCUGCAGUACGGAGGCUCGAUGGGCACCGUAGGGCGACUCAGCAUUACUGUGGUCCAGGCCAAGCUGGCUAAAAACUACGGUAUGACUCGGAUGGAUCCGUACUGCAGGGUACGACUUGGCUAUGCCGUCUACGAGACGCCGACUGCUCACAACGGAGCCAAGAACCCGCGCUGGAACAAGGUGAUCCAGUGCACGGUGCCUCCCGGGGUGGACUCCUUCUAUCUGGAGAUCUUUGAUGAGAGAGCGUUCUCCAUGGACGACAGGAUAGCAUGGACUCAUGUCACCAUCCCUGAAGGCCUGAGGGAGGGCAGCGUGGUGGACGAGUGGUUCAGCCUCAGCGGCAGGCAGGGCGAUGACAAGGAGGGCAUGAUCAACCUGGUGAUGUCUUUCGCUUCCUUACCAGCAGGGAUGAUGACUCAGCCUGUGGUCCUAAUGCCCUCUGUGUAUCAGCAAGGAGUGGGAUAUGUGCCCAUUGCAGGAGUGCCUGCGGUCUACAACCAGGGACCGGUCUACAACCAGGGACCGGUCUACAACCAGGGCAUGGUGCCCAUGGCGAUGCCAGCAGCUGUGCCAGCUGUUGGGGUCCAGGAGCCGGUGUGCAGCGAGGAGGACCUGAAGGCUCUGCAGGACAUGUUCCCCAACCUGGAUAAGGAGGUGGUUCGCACCGUGCUGGACGCACAGCAGGGCAACAAGGACGCUGCCAUCAACUCUCUGCUGCAGAUGGCCGAGGAGCUCUAACUGCAGAACACAAGCUCACACACACACACACACACACACACACACACACACUCACACACACACACACACUGCAGCCAUAUCUGAGCUCCCAGGACUCCUGGUAGCCACAGAGAUCUGUUUCCUUCCCCUCUAUUGACUCCUGGUCUUAAGAUGAUAUCAAUGGCAGAUGUAUUUUGGGAAAUUCAUGUCAGCUGAUCCCAGGGUUUGAUUUGCACUGUUUUGAGUUGUAUAGAGUCGAGUUCAGAGUCCAUCUUCUGUUCAUGUCGAUGUUGUUAUUAAUAGUGUGCGUAGAACACGUCUGUAGUAACCUGCAGUGAACUUCUACCGUUUCAUAUGUAGCUGUCAAAUGUUCAGUGCAUCCAAAAUCUGACACAUAUAUAAUUACGGAUGUAUUAAAUUCUAUAGAAUUCUAUAUAUGGUGAUGAGA